AGUGGCUCUGGGACUCAGAAUCCGGAGAAGUGGGAAUUUUUCAGCUCGUGUUCCUUUUUGCAGUCAGUGUAUGAUAACUGCCCUACUGAGUCAGGUUUCAUGCACUCGGAUGACUUGCGAGAUGGCAACCCCGCCUGUCAAGAGGAGAAAGGCGAAUUUUAAGGAUGAAGAAAUAUUUAUUUUGAUGAGAGAGGCAACGAAAAGAAUAGCAGUAAUACACUCAAGAGGUGAAGGACCAACAACACUCAACAAGCAAGCCAAGAGAGCAGCAUGGGAGGCAAUUGCAAAUGCUGUGAAUGCCGUGAGUCCCAUACCAAGAACCGCAGAUGAUAUGCGAAAGAAAUUCAUUGAUUUUAAGGCACUGGUGAAGAAGAAAGUGACUUCAAACAAGAAGGAAUUAGAGAAGACAGAUGGGAAGAGAUCCAUAGUAACACUGACAAAAACAGAAGAGGCUAUGGCAACACUAUUAGAAACUGAUGUGGAUAGUAUUCCGGGAAUGGUGGACAUUGAGGGAGCCCUUGCAGAAGAUAUAGGGUUCCAGGAGGUGGUGGAGGUGGAAACUGUUGAAGUUGUUAGCAGCCUCACAGAUCACGAUUAUAUAGGGGAGGCUGGUAAUACUACCAAUCCGUCCCCUUCCUCUGAACAAGCCACAAAACCGCCAAUCUCGCAUGCUGCAGUACAUGAGCCAUGUCAGUGUCAUGCGCGUCAGUUAAACAGACCAACAGUAGUGCAAGAAGCAGUUGGCCCAGAUAUGCUUCCUACACAACAAAGUAUAUUAAGUGAUGUCCAUAUGAAUACCAUGAGCAAGAAGAGAAGGAUAGAUAGUGACGAUUCAUCAGCAGCGAGCACCAGCAAGCAGGAUCAUACACCGAAGAGCGUACCAUUAGUGCACAAGAGACCAGAGGCUACUUCCACUCCUAUCUCUACUUGUUGUCUUUCGCAUGACGGCCAGCCAGUACUCACACCAUCCUGGUCAAGAUCAAAAAGCAAACAAACGCCAGGCAGCCAACACAGCAAGCACCAGACUCUAAUCCUAAAGGGCCUGCUAGAAGACGCAACCUUCGCUGAUGUGACACUGACAGCUGAAGGAAAGUCAUUAAAAGCACACAAGGCAGUGUUAUCCGCCAUGAGUCCCUACUUCAAAAGAGUGUUGCAGAACAACCCCAGUCCACACCCCAUCAUCAUCAUGCCGCUCGACAUGCAGUUUGAGGAUCUCAAGGGAAUAAUAGAUUACAUUUACAUGGGUGAGAUAGUAGUGCCAACAGAGAAUCUGUCCUCACUUUUUAAAGCUGGUCGAGUUCUUCAGAUUUCCGGCUUAACAACAGUAGAUACUGUAGGUGUAAGAGCACCUAAUACACCCUUAUUUGAUAAUGUGCAGUCAAUGCACAAGGAUACUAGUGGAGCAACUUUAUCAAUGGAAACCAACCAGGCGAGUGAAACAAGACUAGAUACAAGCAGAAAUGAGGAUGCCAAUAAGCUGCAGUCAUCAAAUGGAUCUAGAAAAAGCAGAGGAUCAUCUGCAGCUUUGGAAAAUGUAUCACAGUCGGAAAAGCACACACACAAAUGUAAAGGAGCAAACAGUGCUAUAGUUACUGUGGAAGCUGCUGAACCAUCGGAUAAUAGUAACCAGAAGAGACCUGAAACUGUAGAUUUAUCAGAGACAGAAUCCUUUGAAAAGACACCAACUCAACAACAACAGGCCAAAGGAAAUUGUACAGUUAUAUCAGAUGAUGACAGUUCAAGGUGUAUGUUUAUGACUGAUGAAGAAUCUCAGUCAAGUGACUUUGAUUAUAAAUAUUUUGAGGAACAGGAAGAGGAAUUAGAUCCACUUCAGAUUCAUUGUCAUACAAAUGAUGACCCUUUUCAUCAGUCUGCAAGCAUAUCUAAUGGACAACAGUGUGACUCCUUCAACUUUGUGACAGUUAAAGAAGAACUUGAAGACUAAAACACUCUCUCUCACUCUCUCUCUCUCUCUCUCCUUCCUCCUUCCUCCUUCCUCCUUCCUUCAUUUUCUUUCUCUUUUCCUUUCUCUCCUGGGCAGUUUUCGUUCAGGGAAAUCAGACAGAUAUCAGAUUGGCCGUCCCAAGAUCUGAUGUGAUCCAGCAUGAGGAAGGGAUACUAUAUUUGUUACAUUUCAACUCCAUCAGAAAAGGAAGAACUAUCAGCUCGGCCAAGACUCCGAUUCACGAGGUCCCUUUUGAGAAAAAGUAAAUUUUUGUAAAGCAUUAGUGAUAUUGUAUAUUAAUUUUUAAAAUACUAAACAUAUGUAAAUGUUAAGUAUUAAGUGUCAGCUGAUUAGAAUAAAAAAGAGACUCAGGAUUUGUAGUGCAGAUUGAUGCAUCUGUUAUUGAAAUGCAGUAGAUACUGUUUCUCUUACUGGUAUGAUAAGACUAACAUGUUAAGUGAUGAUAUUAGAUUUGGCGGAAGUCUGUUGAAUGUUUUGUUUGUUUCAUGUUUGCAGAUGGAAAAGGAUUAUUCAAACAGAUUUUGAAUCUAGUCGUACAAAGAUGUAUUCAAAUGCAUUUCACUUUUAUUUAUUGUGUGAUCAUCUAGUGUGAUAACAAAUUCACUGUUUAAUUGCAAUAUAUUGUUGCAGUUAGCACAGCAUCCUUUCUUUUUAGUGGUUAUGAAUGUGAACAACAACAUGGUAAAUCAUGGCUUUUAAUUUCGUAUCAGACUCUUUCCAUAUAUCAGGUUACCACUGAUUUCAUAAUGUAUUUUGUAAAUACAGUUCAGAAAAGCAGAUGCCAUGCUUACUGUAAGAAAUUCCUAUUUGUUUUAAUGGAUACUUCUAUUAUUAUCCAGAUUUUUGUAAUUAUGCCAAAAAAAAAAAAAGAAAAAGGAAUAGAACAUUUCUUUGAUAUUUGAAGAAAA